AUGGCGGCGGCGAGGGGGAGGAACCGGAAGCGCGGCGCAGACUGUCGCCCCCCCGGCACAGAGACAGGAAGGGUGGAGGGGCCUUCCGGCGCGGAACCCCGGGGGCCCAGCCGCGGCCUUUCCUGCGCGUCGCGGGGCGGGAGGGGGCAGGGCCGGCCCCGGGUGCAGCGCGGCGGGCGGGGCCGCGGAGCCGCGGACCUUCCAGGGGCAGCCAGCCGGUCUCGGGCCGCUGUGGACGGGCCGCCCCAGCAGAGGGAGGUCCCCGGCCCACCCGCCGGCUCUGGCCCGAGGUGCUCGCCGGCCCCACGAAGCCGGUGCCUGCGCACCUUUCUGAAUGCCGCCCCCGCCCGCCCUGACGGCCCUGCCCUGCCCUUCCCAGCGCUGCAGAAGGACCUGGACCACAAGCUCUUUGGGCAGCAUCUUGCCAAGAAAGUCAUCUUAAACGCCCUGACCGGCUUCAUCAGCAACCCGAAGCCCAAGAAGCCGCUCACCCUCUCCCUGCACGGGUGGACCGGCACCGGCAAGAACUUUGCCAGCAAGAUCAUCGCGGAGAACAUCUACGAGGGCGGCCUGCACAGCCACUAUGUGCACCUGUUCGUGGCCACGCUGCACUUCCCGCACGCCUCCAACCUCACGCUGUACAAGGAUCAGUUACAGCUGUGGAUCCGCGGCAACGUGAGUGCCUGCGCCAGGUCCAUCUUCAUAUUCGAUGAAAUGGAUAAGAUGCACGCCGGCCUCAUAGACGCCAUCAAGCCUUUCCUAGACUAUUAUGACCACGUGGACGGGGUCUCCUAUCAGAAAGCCAUCUUCAUCUUUCUCAGCAACGCCGGCGCGGAAAGGAUCACAGACGUGGCUUUGGAUUUCUGGAGAAGUGGGAGGCAGAGGGAGGAGAUCAAGCUCGGAGACAUGGAGCACGCCUUGUCGGUGUCGGCCUUCAAUAACAAGAACAGUGGCUUCUGGCACAGCAGUUUAAUUGACCGAAAUCUCAUUGACUACUUCAUCCCCUUCCUCCCCCUCGAGUAUAAACACCUGAAGAUGUGCAUCCGCGUGGAAAUGCGGGCCCGAGGCUAUGACGUGGAUGAGGACAUCGUAACCAGAGUGGCCGACGAGAUGACCUUUUUCCCCAAAGAGGAGAGGGUUUUCUCUGACAAAGGCUGCAAAACUGUGUUCACCAAGUUGGAUUAUUACUACGAUGACUGACGGCCCAGGAGGCGUUGCCACGCUGGAGAGAACUCAGUGCUCGAACCUUUCCACAUACCUCCCCGCCCGCCCCGGAGCAGGAGUCCAGUGAAUUUCUCCUGCUGGACGCGAGACGGGCCUUCCUUGGCGCUCUGUGCACCCAGCGGAGCCUGCGGGCCGUCUCCUUACUGAUGUCUCCUCGGAGCAGCGGAGCCUUAAGAAGGAAGUCUCCGUUCCCAGUCCACUCGGAUCAGGGCUCAUGAUUUUUUAAAAAUCAUGUUUUAAUGUCAAGUGUUUCUGUUUCAAGGAAGGACGAAAAGGUUUUACUGAAAAUGGGAUAACUUUAUUUAAAAUGGUUUUUAACAUUCUGAGAAGCUUUUCAGACUCUCA